AACGUCUCCAUCCUUUGAACGUGUUCUUAUUUUGUAGAGCUGUCAUAUCUCGGCGUUUUCGGUCCUUUAUGAAUAUUUAGUUUAACUUAGUAUUUAUUUUAACGUAUAUCACGCAAAAAAGCGUCACUGUCUUCUUAUAAACAAACUGCCAACGUUGUCGGAGACGGGCAUUUUACUGUGUACCUUUUAAUUACUACAUAGACAUAGUUUUGCAUGGCAUGAACUAUCUAUAUUAAUAGACGUACUCCAUGUACUUUAUAGUGGAGUUCAAAGGUGUAAAGUGUGGAUAUCGCUGUGGCUACUGUGUAAACGAAGAAGGGUACAGCUUCAUACGUUAAGUGAAGCUGCAUAGUAUGAAGUAAACACAAAACAAACAAGUAAAUAACAACACAUUUCGUUUACAGUCUUUUUUGUGCAUAUGAACAAGGCAUGUGGUCCCAUACUAUGACAGUGCAGGACUACCAAGAUCUCAUCGACAGAGGCUGGAGGAGAAGUGGCAAAUAUGUUUACAAGCCUGUAAUGGAUAAGACAUGCUGCCCACAGUACACCAUCAGGUGCCAUGCUUUGAACUUCCAUCCGUCGAAGACUCACAAAAAGACCUUGAAGAAGGUGAACCGGUUCCUCUCCAAAGGAGAGAUGCCAGUAGAGAGGCAUGAUGAGGGACGUGAAGGAGAGCCCAUGGUCUCUGUGCAUGAAGAGGGUGUUCAACCACCUCCCCAAGACCCUCUGGAAAUAGACCAUAGUGACGUACAGGACAUCAGCACCAGCCCAGACACAGACACCACCAACUCUGCUGCACCAACACCGCCCAGAGAAGAUGCAGUGCCCGCCCCAGAAGAGAAAACUCCUAAUGUUACACCCAAACCAGGUAAGGGAGCCGAUCCCAGCAGGCCUCUGGGUCGGAAAGCUAAGGACAUCAGGAAAGAGAGACGACUUCAAAAGGAGCAACAGAAGCAGCAAGAAGCAAAGUCUUCCUCUGUGGAUCCCUCCCCAUCAAAAUCUUCAUCUAAUCAGCCCAAGUCAUUGGAGGAGUUCAUUACGGAGUCCUUACCCAAUGACCCUCUGCACCGUCUAGAGGUGAGGCUAGUGCGCUCCAACCCUCCCAGUCCACAGUUCAAAGCUUCGUUUGACGCCUCGUACCAAGUGUACAAACUCUACCAGAUGGUCAUUCACAAGGACCCGCCUGACAAACCUACCGAGAGCCAGUUCAAGAGGUUCCUCUGUGACUCUCCUUUAGAGGCUGAGACCGCUCCUGAUGGUCCUGAUGUGGGCUACGGCUCGUUUCAUCAGCAGUAUUGGUUGGAUGGCAGAAUAGUAGCUGUAGGAGUUCUGGACAUCCUGCCCUCCUGUGUUUCGUCUGUGUACCUCUACUAUCACCCCGACUUCUCCUCGCUCUCACUGGGCACCUACUCUGCUCUCAGGGAGAUUGCCUUCACCAGGCAGUUGCAGAAGCAGUCCCCCAAACUUGCCUACUACUAUCUGGGUUUCUACGUCCAUUCGUGUCCCAAGAUGCGCUAUAAGGGGCAGUACCAGCCUUCAGACCUCCUGUGCCCUGAAACCUACACUUGGGUGUCCAUCGAGAGAUGUAUUCCCCGCCUCGAGAUCUCUGCCUACUCUCGUCUCAGUGAGAACGCCCAUGAAGGUGAUGCUUGUGCACUGAAGGAACUGGGCAGGGUGUUAGUGCUCCACAGGAGGACAGUGAUGCCCUAUGUGGCCUAUGCCCGUAAGCGGAAGGGUUCGAACGAUGAGAAGGAAGUGGAGCAGUACGCUAGUCUGGUGGGCCAGACUUGUGCAGAGAGAAUCCUGCUCUACAGAGCUUAGAGCCCCUUCAUACCUUACAACCCUCUGUCUGUCUUUCAAAACAUGAAAGUGUUUGUCCUCUUG